AUGGCGCCAUUUUGUGUUGUGAGGAAAGAUUUCGAGCUUGUAAAGCCCUCAAUACCAACUCCUUCAGAGGUUCUUUCUUUCUCAACCAUUGAUAACGAUGUUAACAUGGAAACAAUCUCCCCAACUAUCUUCGUCUGCCAAUCAAUAAUUACUACCAAUAAUAAUAACAACAACGCCGAAGAAGACCCAGCUAAGUUGAUCAAACAAACUCUGUCCGAGGUUUUGGUGCAUUACUACCCUUUAGCAGGGAGACUCAAACGACACACCCACGACGGAAGGCUUAGGCUCACUUGCAACACAAACGGCGUGCCGUUUUUGGAGGCCACAGCCGACUGUACACUCUCUUCACUAAGUUACUUAGACGAUCUCAACUUCGAAAUAGCCAAAGAAUUCGUCUCUACUUCAACCCCAGCUGAUUUCAUCGACGAAAAGACCGGUUACGCCCCACUCAUUAUGCAGGUCACUAAAUUCUCUUGUGGGGGUUUCACUAUUGGAUUUGGUCUCUCUCACUCUGUUAGUGAUGGGUUUGGCGCGGCUCAGUUUUUCCAAGCCAUAGCUGAGGUUUCUAAAGGUAAAAAGCUUUCGGUUAAGCCGGUUUGGGAAAGAGAAAGGCUUGUUGGUUCACCUAUUAAAGAGCCUAUAAAGGUUGAUAAUGGGUUAUUUCCUGCUAAAUCGCCUUAUUUACCAUUUUCUGAUGUUGUUGAUGAGUGUUUUUAUGUGAAGAGUGAAAGCAUAAAGAGACUAAAAGAAAGUUUAGCUAAAGAGAUGAAUAGUGUUCAUUGUUCUUUAACUACUUUCGAAGUACUUGCUGCUUAUGUAUGGAGAGCAAGAUUAAGAGCAUUGAAACUCAACCCUGAUGGGAUAACAACUCUGUUCUUCGCAACUGGUUUAAGAAAGGUUAUAAACCCUCCUUUGCCUGAAGGGUAUUAUGGGAAUGCUUUUUUGACUUCGGCUGUUGAGAUAACUGGUAAAGAACUUGAUGAGAAACCGUUAUCUGAGGUGGCCAAUUUGAUUAAGGAGAAGAAGAAAGAUGUUUUUGAUAAUAAUUACAUUAGAAAAUCUAUUGAUGUGUUGGAGACUGAGUUGGUGACUAGACAGAAUGAGAAGAUUAAGGCCACGGGUGCACUCAUGGCUGUUACUGAUUGGAGAAAUUUGGGCUUAGUUGUUGAGGAAAUUGGGUUUGGUUGGAAAGUGGUGAAUGUUACAACGUUGCAAUGGGAGUGUUUUGGGUCCGUUGAUUUGUGUACUUUUUUGCCUCCUCCAAAAUCUGACCCUUCGAUGAAAAAUGCCGUUGGGAUUUUGGUUUCACUUCCUAGACCAGCCAUGACCAAGUUCAAGGAAGAGAUGAACGAUCUUAUGGUUAUUAAUUAA